AUGAAGUUUCUGUGUUUUGCACCCUAUGGGGCUUUAGCUUGCGCUUCCGAGAUAGAGAAGCGAGAGGCGGAGCCAGGUUAUGGAGGAUAUGGCCACGUGAGCCACCAUCAUCGUCCUUCCUAUGGAUAUGGCUAUUCUAAUCACUAUCAUAAGCGAUCUGCUGAUCCAGAGCCUGAGGCUAAACCUACCUAUGGCUAUGGCUCUUCUUUUGGGUAUCGGCCAGUAACUUAUGGCUACUCUCACCACUAUCACAAGAGGUCUGCUGAUCCUGAGCCAGAAGCUGAACCUACCUAUGGCUAUGGCUCUUCCUAUGGGUAUCGCCCAGUCACUAUGGAUACUCUCACUGCUAUCACAAGAGGUCCGCUGACCCUGAGCCAGAAGCUGAAACCUUCCUAUGGCUAUGGCUCUUCCUAUGGAUAUCGCCCAGUCACCUAUGGCUACUCUCAUCACUAUCAUAAGCGAUCUGCUGAUCCUGAGCCUGAGGCUGAACCUUCCUAUGGCUAUGGCUCUUCUUAUGGGUAUCGGCCAGUCACUUAUGGCUACUCUCACCGCUAUCACAAGAGGUCUGCUGAUCCUGAGCCAGAAGCUGAACCUUCAUAUGGCUAUGGCUCUUCCUAUGGGUAUCGCCCAGUCACCUAUGGCUACUCUCACCGCUAUCACAAGAGGUCUGCUGAUCCUGAGCCAGAAGCUGAACCUUCAUAUGGCUAUGGCUCUUCCUAUGGGUAUCGCCCAGUCACCUAUGGCUACUCUAACCGCUAUCACAAGAGGUCUGCUGAUCCUGAGCCAGAAGCUGAACCUUCAUAUGGGUAUGGCUCUUCCUAUGGGUAUCGCCCAGUCACCUAUGGCUACUCUCACCGCUAUCAUAAGAGGUCUGCUGAUCCUGAGCCAGAAGCUGAACCUUCAUAUGGCUAUGGCUCUUCCUAUGGGUAUCGCCCAGUCACCUAUGGCUACUCUCGCCACUAUCACGGAUAAGAACAUCGUCAGCGCAAAAGGUCUACUGAUCCAGAGCCAACGGCAAGACCUUCUCCCAGUUAUAGGUUCGGUCAUACCUAUAAUUAUUCUCGUCCAGUCUACCACCGCCCAUCCUAUAACUAAUAGCCAAAGAGGAAAGACACAGAUGUCUAUAACUAGCAAUAGAUUCAAAUUUUUUGUUAGUUCAUGAAUGUUCUACAAUUUCGACGAAAUAAUAAAGUAUUAAUAUACAA